ACAAAACCCAAAAACCUACUUCAGCGAGCGAAGUGUGGUGCACCACCAUAGACGCCAACAUGAAGAGCAUUCGAUUGCUUACUCCCGUCCGUACAAUCCUCUACCAUUCCAACCCCCGAAACCCUUCUUAUCUCGUUCUCCUCUUCAAGCCAUCUCCACGAUUGCGCCCCUUCUCCUCUUUCUCUACUUCCGUAACUUCUGCUCGGAGCUCUCCCAUUCAUAGUCUUAAUGAGAUCCAGCAAAAAUUGAAACCGAAUGUCGGUUUGUUCGUUGCGAGGUGCGUCUCCCCAUUGUCUUCGUUGGCAGCGGAGCAACAGCUGCCGCACGCGUUGGAUUGGACGGAGCCGGUCUCGUGCUCUGAGGUCGUUUAUGACGGUGAUGAUGGUAGUGUGGAGGAAGACACCAGGCAAUCGAUUCCUGUCCGGGCUUACUUUUUCUCCACCAGUGUGGAUUUGAAAAGCCUAGUGGAGCAGAACAAACCCAACUUUAUUCCACCCACAUCACGAAUGACAAAUUAUGUCAUUCUAAAGUUUGGCGAUCUUUCACCAUCCAUGGGUUCAGGUCCAUGCUUAAGUGGAAGUGAUUGCUCCUACAUUGUUGUUUUUCAGUAUGGCUCCAUUGUCUUGUUUAAUGUCAAGGAGCAUCAGGUUGACGGGUUCUUAAAAAUUGUCCAAAAACAUUCAUCUGGAUUACUCCCUGAGAUGAGAAAGGAUGAAUAUGAGGUGAGAGAGAAGCCUACUUCACGAACGUGGAUGCAAGGCGGGUUGGACUAUAUUAUGUUGCAAUUCUUGAAUAUUGAUGGCAUUCGAACCAUUGGUAGUGUUCUUGGUCAAAGUAUUGCUCUUGACUACUAUGUGCGGCAGGUUGAUGGAAUGGUUGCAGAAUUCACUGAUAUAAAUCGCGGCAUGGAAAAAACGGGAACAUUUACGAUGGAUAAGAAAAAACUUUUUCAGAUUGUGGGAAAGGCAAAUUCUAACCUUGCUGAUGUGAUUCUUAAGCUUGGACUUUUUGAGAGAUCUGACAUUGCCUGGAAGAAUGCAAAAUAUGCUCAGAUAUGGGAAUAUCUCAGAGACGAAUUCGAACUACAACAGCGAUUUGCAAGUCUCGAUUUUAAGUUGAAGUUUGUGGAGCACAACAUCCGAUUCCUCCAGGAAAUUCUUCAGAAUAGGAAGUCAGAUUUUUUGGAAUGGCUAAUCAUUGUAUUGAUCAGUGUUGAGAUCAUUAUCUCUCUGUACGAGCUUAUCAACAGGUCGGGGAGUCUUAUUUAGCACCAUCUUCCUGUGGGACAUUCAGUUGCUACGCAGUGGUUCCUCAUAUAGAUUUAUAUUAUCCUUGUAAAGAAGAAAGAUAAUAGGUUGCUGAAGCUGCUUAUGUAAAUGUUGGAAUCGUUAAUUCUACUGUGGAUACGAUACAGUUCCCAAUUAUUUUAACGAACAUUUUAAACCAAA